AUCGAGACGUGGCUCUUCGCGGAUCGACUUCUUCCGGCCUCCAAGCUCUGGGUUGCCAUGCCACCUUGACCAUCCUUUGAUACCAGCAUCUUCACGAAACGAGAUGCGGCUCCCACCGCCUGGGCCGAUCAGGGAGAAGCUCCGGGGGAAGAGACUUUUGGGGGAGGUCGUUGGGGCGCUCACCAGCCCGGUGUGCAAGCUCCUCCCCAAGACGCCAGGAUGUUCUCCACCGGAACCCGACCCGGCCCCGACUCCGGAUCCUCCGGCACCGACGCCGACACCGCCGGCGCCUACGCCUGAUAAACCCCCGCCGGCACAGGACCCGCCAGCACAGGACCCACCGGCACAGGACCCCCCUGCCUCGGUCCCGCAACCCACGAACCCGCCGGAAACUUCCAAUCCCCCGCCCACUCAACAACCCCCACCCGCGGAGGAUACGGGAUCCAACGACUCCGGAAACAAUGACUCCGGAAACUCGGGCUCGGGCUCGGGCUCGGGCUCGGGCUCGGGUUCAGGCUCAGGCUCUUCGGGUUCCGGUUCCGACUCGGGUUCUUCAGGCUCCGGCUCGAAUGGCUCUGGUUCCACGGACUCCGGGUCUGGCUCGUCUGGGUCGGAUGGGUCGAACACCGGCUCGGGGUUCGGUACUGGAAGCGGGUCAGGAGGAUCAACCGGGGGAAAUGAUGGCAACGGAGGGAGCAACGGCGGUGGUAGCACGACCGGAGGCAGCAAUGAUGGCAGCGGAUCCGGAAGCGGAACUGGAGGGUCCCAAGGUUCAGGGAACCCACCGCCUGCGACCAACGGACCGGGUGAAGGAUCUCAGUCGGCGCCAGGUACUGAGCAAGGCGGUGUUGUGGUAGAUGGCGCCGGUGUGCCCGUCGUGACACAGAAAGGAAACGACGUCAAUAACAACCCGGCUCCUGCCGGUUCAACGACGACACCCGGCGGGACCGACUCGGACUCGUUCACGGGCGACGGCUUUUCUAACACGGAUUUUGGCGAUUUGGCGGCCGGCUCUGGGGCGUCGUAUGGGAGUGGUAACGACAAUGACAACACUGGGAACGGAGGUUCAACGGGGAUCGGUGGCGAUCACGGGCAUGGCAACAACUCGGAUUCCGACUCGCACCCAAGCUCCCUCCCUGGUAUUAUCGGUGGCAUUGUUGCUGUCUUGGUUCUUCUCCUUGUUCUUCUUGCUCUGCUACUUUACAGGUACCGACGCACGCGUCGCGUCCAGGCUUUCCUCAACAAGUACACGCCCUUCAAGUCCUCUCCCUACACGGAGACGGAGAAGAAGCGGACGUCCAUGGGCGCUGGCCUCCUGUUUACCGACGGCUGUCACGGCGACGCCCUCAUGACGGACAACCGAGGCACGCUCGGCUACGGCACAAUGCAGCCCUCUCCCGUCGCGCACCCCGACCCCACGGCUGCCCGCCCCGAGCGCGCUAAUGGCCCUCCUCAGCUCGUCAUAGCGCUGCCGGCCAGGCGCCCUGGUAGCCCCACCAGCCCAUUCGAAGUCUCGCCGCUGUCGUCUCAUUUCCCUCAGAGCCCGCCGCGAGCAGUAGCACCCCGCCGCACAAGCCAAGAUUCUGUCGGCGGUAUCAGCAUCGCCAGCAGCGGUGUCUUUUCUCCGUCUCUUCUUUCAUGGCCCGCUCCCCCGUCUGGCGCUCCCAGCGUCAUGACUUCGCCCCCUGCUAGCUCCCACGGCAACAUCACCGAUCUCGCGGCCAAGUACAAACCAUUGACGCCCACACAGCCGACGACGCCUUCGUAUCCACUCCCGCCCCCCUCGCCAGUGAGCCCGUCGAACUGGCAGAAGCCGUCUGGGUGGGACUAAGGAAGGAAGCAACGUCAACAGGCCCGACCAGGGCGUCUCUGGAGUGGUGGUCCAAGUUGUUGGUGUAGGUCGGGUUCCUCCAGACC